AUGUCGUCCUCUGCCACUGCCAAUGUCAAUGCCACCGUGACAGGUCCCAGCUCAUCAAGCUUCUCUGGUCCCUCGCGUUCUGUCCUCAAGAAUGUUUACGCGGAUGAAGUAUCCGAAGGAAUCGGGGCUCGCGUCCGGAGGAGUAUAGGGUCACGAUCUCUUCGAAACUUGUCGCCAUUCCUCAUGCUCGAUCACUUCAUGAUACCGAAAGGUGCGGGAUUCGGAGACCAUCCUCAUAGAGGACAGACGACCGUGACGUACAUCUUGGAAGGGGCAAGCGAACACGAAGAUAGUAUGGGCAAUCGAGGAACACUCCGUCCUGGCGACGUUCAAUGGAUGACGGCGGGCCGAGGCGUAGUGCACGCCGAGAUGCCUCUGUUCGACCCUGACUCAGCUAAAGCCGUACCGACUCGUGGAUUUCAACUGUGGAUAGACCGACCACAAGCUCAGAAGUUUAUCGAACCGAGCUAUCAAGAGAAGAAAGCGGCAGAUAUACCUACAGUGAAACGAGAUGGAUACGAGAUCAGCAUCAUCUCUGGUGAAUCUCACGAUGUCAAGGGAUUCGUUAGGCCAGUCGGAGGCUGUUGGUAUUUUGACGUUAAACUCUCUAAACCUGGCGUCAAAAUCCAUCAACCACUUCCAAAAGGAUGGACAGCUUUCUCUGGUCAAUUGCAAAUCGGGGACGAGCCUUUCCCGUAUGACCCAUACAACUUGCUCGUUCUAUCCCCGGAUGAAUCUGGAGUCACCCUUACCCGGCCUGAGAAAUACUCCAAUGGUGCGGCAGUAGAUGAGGAGACCAAGUUCAUCCUCGUCGCGGGUGAACCUUUGAACCAGCGAAUCGUCCAAUACGGUCCGUUUGUCGUCAAUACCGCUCAGCAGGUCCAAGAUGCGUUUGAAGAUUUCCAAGAGGGGAAGAAUGGAUUCGAAUCUGCGAAAGGGUGGAGCAGCGAGAUUGCAAAGCACAUGUAA